AUGCCGCUCUCGCCGAAAUCCACCGUUGUUGGAUCAUCCGACAGCACCAUCAUUCCCUCCUCGCCCACUCUCUCAAUCCCUCAUCAUGCGGCCUCUCGCUCGGUCGGCUCUCCGGCCGUAUGCGCGUCUCCCGCUACGUCCAAUUUGAGAGUAGCCCUCGUGGAAACGCAGGAUCUACAGAAGGCCCGCUCUUGGAACCAGGAUGCCCACCACUUCUCCAACCGUGUCAGCAGUCUGACCCCCUCUUCCGUCUCGUUCUUGCAGAAAAUCGGCGCGUGGGAACAUCUGGACACGAGUCGCGUCCAGCCAUAUCAGGAGAUGCAGGUAUGGGAUGGCGAGACCGACUCGCGCAUCUCGUUCGAUUGGUCCAUGGAAACCUCCCCGUUCGAGGACCUCCGCACCGUAGCUACCAUGACCGAGAAUGCGAACCUGGUCCGCGCGCUGCUAGCACGUAUCGCCGCAUCAGGCGACGAGAACCUGUCGAUUUUCAGCAACACCACCGUCGCGUCCAUUGAGAACGGAACCGACCACCCCGAUGGACCGAACCUGUCCGCCUGGCCUGUUCUAUCCCUCGCCCCGACGGGCUCAGCCCCCGCCUCCGAACCCUCCCGAAUCGCAGCCAGACUUCUGGUCGGUGCAGAUGGCAUCAACAGCCCCGUGCGUCGCUUCGCAGACAUCGCAACCGACGGCUGGGACUACAACAGACACGGCGUUGUCGCGACCCUUUCGCUCGCAGACCCGGAGACUCCCACCUUCCCCAUCGGCACGAGGACCGCAUAUCAGCGUUUUCUACCCUCGCUGGGAGGCCCUAUCGCCCUGCUUCCGCUGCCCGGGAAUCACGCGACACUGGUGUGGUCGACCACCGUCGAAAACGCCGCGUAUCUGAAAUCGCUUUCUCCAAAGGCCUUCAUUGCCAUGGUCAACGCCGCUUUCCGUCUCUCAAUGACCGAUCUUCAAUACAUGAUGCGCAUGGAACGGGCCUCUACAGCCACGGAAGAUCCCCAUGAGGAUGAACUGACCUGGCGCAUGAAGCACACGGACUUCUCGCGCGUCCCGCCGAUGGUCAAUGGCGUCCAGGAAGGAAGCGUGGCUUCGUUCCCCCUUCGCUUUCGACACGCCUCGACGUAUAUCUCGCCGCGCGUGGCUCUUGUCGGUGACGCCGCCCAUGUGAUCCAUCCGCUCGCCGGCCAGGGUCUCAACCUCGGUCUGGGGGAUGUGGCGUCGCUGGCCAAGAGCAUUGAGUAUGCUGUAGACCAUGGAAUGGAUGUCGGUGAUAUCCUCAGCCUGGAACACUACACCGCGGAUCGGUGGGCCACGAAUGCGAAGAUUGGCGGGGCCUGCGAUAUCCUGCACAAGCUUUACAAUGUGCCUGGACAGAACCCGGUGGCAUGGGCGCGGAGCUUCGGUCUCGAUGUCAUCGACCGCGUACCAUUUGUGAAGUCGUUCUUGAUGAGAAAUGCUCAGGGUUAG